AUACGUUCCUUGAUUCAUGCGAAUGCUAUUAAGUUUUUCAAGGUGAUUUAUAAAAGUUAAAAAUAAGUGCAUAAUUCAAAAAAAUGUCAACUAUGGAUGAUGUUCUUGAAAGUUGGGAAGAAAUUGAAGAAUCAGAGUUUUAGGUGCUCAACAAAAGAUUGGAUGCUCUUCAGUUAAAUGCAGUAGAAGCGUUAGAGGAAAUAGAAUCUUCUAGUUUCAGAGAAUCAAUCGCAAUCUUACAAACAGUAAAGAAUGUUUGUGAAAUGUAUGGAGAAUAUCUUAUUAAGAUUUGAAAAUAAUAAAAUUUUUUCAAAAAUAUCGAUCAAGAGAUUUUGAUAUAUGGACCACCAUACUCUGAGAGACCAAAAAAGAAUGAUUUGUCGCUUCAAAACCAGUCACAAUUCGAGUACCAGAAUGAUAAUGUUAGGGGAAGAUGGUAUGAGAUCUCAAUAUGUACCUCCAAAACCGACGGUAAAAAUUUUGAAAAGACCUUCGAGAGAUUCACAAGGUAGUGGUGAUGGACCAUUAGUGAAUGGAGAUAAGCCAAAACAUCCUAUUAAAUCUUUGAAACAGAGGGAACAAGAAUAUGCGGAAGCAAGAAAAAGAAUUUUAGGUGAAGAAAAAAGUCCGGAGGAAAAGUUAAUGCAAGAAAUAAAUAAAAUUCAACCAAAAUCGACGACUCCGAGUAGUAGUGGGUUACCAAGUAACAUUCUUCGUAUGCCUAUUGGACCAGAUGGAACACGGGGAUUUAAUGUACGCAGGUAGCGCGUCUUCCGGGGAUCAACUCUUUCCACCCAUCCUUUUCCUCCUCUUCCUUCUUCUUAACACAGGGAAGAGAGGCAGCUAUGAGGCUGAUGGCAGAAAACAAGAAUAAUAUUUCUGACCAAAUAUAAGCAUAGUGCUCCUACUAUUUUGAAUGGAGCCUAAUAUAAACUAUGCUGUGGAACAUUGCUAAACAGACACGAUAAUAUAAAAAGAUCAAGACUAUAAAUUGGCGAAGUUAAGUCAUUAUAGAUGUGGUAAUGUUUCUCACUGAUGAAAUAUUGUCCAUUUUGUUAAUAUAUAUUAUGUUUAACAGAAAUUUUUAAUUAAAAUAAUUAAAAUCUAUAACUAUCAUACUUUUUCAUAAUUGCAAUAUGAUAUAAAUUAUUUUAUUUUCUAUAUCUGUAUGUUUUUCAAGUUAUCGAAACAGAUUGUAUAAUAAAAAAUUUCUCUUUAUAUCUGUUCGUUAUAUUUGAAUAAUUAAUUGUUUUCUUAUUAAUUUUAUUUUUCUGCGUUUUAUAAAUAGAAUAAGUGUUAUUAUAUUAUAAGCAGAAAAAUAUGUGAUUUUGUAAAUACGUAUAAUUUUUUAAUUUUUAAAUAUAUAUUUCUAUUAAAAAGAUAUUAUAUUUACAAAUAUAUAACAAUUAUCGAUUGAAAAUAUUUUUCUACCUAAUAAAAUUGAUAUUGAUAUUGAUGAAUAAAUUUAUCUUUUAGUAAAUCUUAUGAUAAAAUGUUAUUAAAAAAAAAAAAGAUCCAAUAAUUUUAAAAAUAAUUAUUUAUAUAAUUUUAAUUGAUAUUUCUCGAUAUGCAAAUUUUGUGUUGUAUCGUAUAUGAAAAAUUAAUUAUCAAAAAAUUGUUUUUUUGAUUCAUGAUUUGUUUUAUUAUUAUAUUGUAUAUAUUCGAUAUAAUUAAAAUAUUUUAAUACAUUAUAAAAAAUGUAUUAAAAAAUAUUAUUUUAUGAAAUAUAUUUAUUUUAUAAAA